AUGGUCUGCCCCUGCGAUGCUUCCCCCGAGGGAACACAUUCCGAUUCCACAAAGGACGUCGUCGGGGAAACGCAUGCGGAGGCAGCAGAAAGCUUUGACAUCGACCUCAGUGCCCUGAUCUGGCUUGCAGGUCAGUUGCGGAGGGACCUCGCCUCUGAGCUGGUUGCCAGCGUGCCACACCGGCUCCUGCUGAUUUCAGUGCAAACAGCGACCGUGGACUCCUUCGAUACUUCCGAGGAACGUCAGCUUGAGGUGCUGGACCACAAGCUCAUCUACAUGCAGAGGCUUGCGACCUUCUACAUCUGGAUCCUUUCCAAGGAGACUCCGGAGUUUGUGGCCACAGUGGCUGACACCAUCAUGGCCGCACUUCUGAGGCUUCUGGGCAUCUCCAGUGCCGCCGUUGGUGCUUUCCUCCUUGCUGGGGUGGAGCCAGCUGCCAUCCCAUCCAGGGCCCUGCGCCGAGAUCCUCUGCGCUCUGUGUCCCUGGUGGACGAAGCUCUACAGGCCUUUCGGAAAUCGGCAAUUUCUUGUUUGCGGAAGUGCUACAAGUUGGCUGCAGCAGCCUUUGCACAGUUUGCCUUGCGACUGGAGAUGGAGGAAUUGCGAAGUCGCUUGGUCAAGGUCCUGGACUGGGCGCGCAGCAAGCAGCCAAAGUUGCUGGAGCAGCAGAGGCUGAGGAAGGCAAAGGACUUUGAAAGCUUUGAUGCAGCGGCCGAUGCAGCAGCUGCCUGUCGCGUGAUGGCGCUCACCUCCACCAUGAGCUGCAUCGCUGACGCAGCCCCCGGAAUAGCAGAAGAGCUGCUGUUACCGUUGGGCACCAAGGACGUGUCGUCAGCAUUGGUUGCAUGCCGCCGGUUUGCGGUCCAAAUUGCUGGUCAGAGGGCGCGGAAGCGCCGGAAGACUAGCGAGAAGGACGCUAAUCCCAUGGAGGCGCUACAAUCGCACACCUGGUGGUGGUUCGAUGUGGCCUGUUCCUGCUUAGACUUCAUUGCCACGGCGUGCAAGUCUCCCAGCAGCGCCGGUACCGAAGCAAAGACCUUCGCCGACACUGCAGAGGAACUGCGGGACCCCGUGGUCAACCUCUUGGACAUUUUUGAGUUUCUUUCAGAGGCCUUUGGCACGACAACAGAGCUGCGAAAAGCUCUCGAGGCAGCAGUGGUUGCGCUCACCAACGUCGCCAGCGAGAGCGGCGUAAAGAUGCUGGUGCAGGCCAUUCUGGAGAAAAGCCGCUCCGAGGAUGCUGAGGUACGUCUUGGCGCCGUGAGAUGUGUCCACCGCAUUUGGAUGGACCUCGGCGUCCAGGUCGUAAUGUGCUUGUCCGAAGUUACGAUGUAUGCCUCCGAGCUCCUUGAAGAUGAGGACUCGCGGGUAGAGAUGGCUGUUCGGGCCAUGAUCAAAACGAUGGAGGACUGCACGGGCGAGAGCUUGCAGGACACCUUGAAAAGCUGA